CACGAGACCCGGACGAGCUGCCAGCCCGUGGUUCCGCUGGUUCCGACCUCGUCCGGAGAAGCGGAGCGACGCGGCCGAGGAGCCGAGGAAGCGCCGAGGGAGAGAGAGGGGAGGGGUGCGGGUGUAACAGCCGCAAAACUUUCCCAAAUGUUUCCCCGCAGUCUCCGCACGCGACGGAGGAACGCUCCGACCUGAAAUCACAAACACGCAGUUACUGUUGAGCACUUUUUCCUUCGCCGUGGAGUUUUUUUUUUUUUUUACGCUAGCGUAGUAAAAAAAAAAAAGCAGAAAAAAAUCGACCCAUUUGCAGCAUCGCAGCUUCGACAUGUUUACGAACCAGCUACGCAAGACUGCAGCACAGAGGACGGAAAACGAGAGAGAGAGCCAAAACAAACUACAAGGAGUGCCUUAGAAGUGGGGAAAAAGAGGAGCGACGCACAAUCUACAGCACUUUGUGAACAGUGAAGAAGAGAUGAGACCAAUGAAGAAGCACAGAGGACGAUCCCCGCCGUUAACUCGAGGCAGAGGGGGGAAAAGGAGGGGAGGCUCUCAGCCCCUCCAAGAGAAAGACCCCAAAAGAGUUAAGAGGGAGACACUCGUCAAAACCGCACAGCACACACCCAACACUCCCUCCGCACGCAAACAGAGUCCGCCCACAGCCAUCAAGUCAAACGAAGCACCAGUCACAAACAGCAAGAGGGAGGAGUUGACCGAGCCGAGGAAACCUGUGGAAUCAGCCGAUGGAAAGAAAGCAGUAGAAAAGACAGAACAAGACAAGACAGUGGGCACGAAGAGCACCAUGUCCACUGAUACUUUAGUGUUUCCUACCUCUGCCCUAGCGCCACUGUCCACAGCUACUCCCCCUCCGAUCACUAAUCACAGCCCUAGUAUAGGCUCGGUCUCCAGCAGGAAAACGGCUACAUUUAAGGCUCGUGUCCCGAAGAAGAAAUACACAUAUGAGCACUUUGCUAACAAUGCAAAUGCCCUGACUACCAUUCCUACCUCCAGCCCUGCACUCAUACACAACAGUUACUGCAAUAUCAACAGCAAAAUUAAUGAUAAUGUGAAUACGCCCAACAAUAACUCCAAGAGUUAUAACACUAUUAGUAAUAAUAGCAUUAAUAGGAGCAUUUAUGUUAGUAUCCAUAGUACUAACAGUAACUCUACAAGUAGUAUUAACAACAUGAUUAGCAGUAAUAGUAGUGCUGGGAGCCAUAAUACUUUUAUUAAUAGCAGUAAUAGUAGAAGUAAUAAUUGCUCAGGUAAUCAGCCAUCAGUGCUAACUGUGGAUAGUAAAGCUACAGAAGAAAACCAUUUUGUCCCCAUGGAGGAUAGGGCCCUCAGGACAGCAGACUCCCAGGAAAAAGAGCCUCAAGCUGGUGAAAAUGAGUCAGAGGGGGCCCCUAACUCAGUGCGCUCCUCGUCCACUGAUACAGCCAGCGAGCACUCAGCUGACGUGGAUGCGAUGGAAGCAACAGGACCUGGCCCUCAUCAAAAAGCCUCCCACAUCCCAGCUCCCCCCCAUAACUCACACCCUGAAGAGGCUGGCCUUAACAAGGGGCUGGCUGAGGCUCUGGCCAAAGGCAUGAAGAACCAGAGAGUCCUGGCUCGUCAGAUAAAGAGGGCCAUGGAGAGUGGGGUGGGGGCUGCAAUGAACAGAGGGCUUAAGGAGAGAGACUCAUGCUCCCCGUCACCUUUGUUCAGGCCAGGGGUGGUGCGUCGGGUGAGUGGAGGUACUGUCGAAGUCCAGCUCCAGGGAGAGGACACCUUUGUUAAAUUCCCUUUCCAUGGUGGAUCCAUGAUGACAUCAUCAUCAUUGUCGGGGGCCGACACCACUGUGGACUUCAUUUUAGAUGCCCCACCACCUGGCAUGGCACCCGUGGCUGUCGGGACCCGAGUGUGUGUGCCCUUUGCUGGAGAGGAUGGGGGUCCUCUCCUGUACAGACAGGGGAUUGUCACUCAGGUGGACCCCCAUCCCGGAGUCUCAUUUCCUUACCAGGUGCUCCUGAGUGAGGACAGAGAAACUCUGGGUAAUGAUGGGGUGGCAGAGGAGAAAGAGAAAAGGAAAGCUGUGUGGGUGUCCCGACAGAGCCUGAGACUCCUCACCACUCCCUGGGAGGUCCCACAUUUGGAUGGUGGGAAGGCGAUAGAGAGAGAACGGGAGAGGGAAAGGGAAGAGAGGGAGCGGAUGGAGGAGAUGGAGGUAGAGAGGGAAGUGUGCCAGUUGAGUAUUGGAAUGGGGGUGCUGGGAGGGGGAGCGAGAUUAGGCCAUGGUCUUGCGCAUGAAGGGGUUGCAGGAGGGCAUCCCUAUGUAAACGUACAUCCAUCCCCCCGCUCUUCCACUGUGGCCUCUGGUGCAGGAGCCAGCACACCUCAUCAGGGUGAAGGGAACUUCUCCGACAGAGAGAGACAAAAAGAGCCCAACACUCCAGAAGAAGAUGUUGAGGUUUCUCAUUUUAACUUGGGCCUCGCAGCUGGUCCCAAGCCACAUGCUGGGACGUCUCAGCAGAGAAACAUCAUCUCUAAGUCCAGUGGGUACCCUCCCUCCUCCCCCCACCUCUCUGUUGUACUGGGUCUGGGAGCCCCACACCUCUCCCCCCUCGCUGGUCCUCAGCCACCCCCUUCCCCUGCCCUACUGGGGUCAGAAAUGAACAACAGCACUCCAAACCUACCUCCAACCAAGACCUCUCCCACCCAGACCCCUACUCCCACUUCUGGUGGGGGGUCCUCCUCUACCUCCUCUCGUUCCAGGACUCCCCUCUCAUUGGCACAGCAAAAAUACAAGAAGGGUGAUGUGGUGUGUACCCCAAAUGGUAUCCGUAAAAAGUUCAAUGGUAAGCAGUGGAGAAGGCUGUGCUCCAGGGAGGGCUGUAUGAAGGAGUCUCAGCGUCGGGGAUACUGCUCCAGACACUUAUCCAUGAGGACCAAAGAGAUGGAGGCGGCAGGGGGAGAGAGGGGGGGAGGCAGCAGCUCAGGGACCGUCACCCCCUCUGACCUGCGAGGCAGAGCCAGUAGUGAGUUUGAGUGGGAUGACACAUCAAGAGAGAGUAGUGAGACCAGUAGCAGAGGAGACUCCCGACCCCGCCUGGUCCUCCCUUCCAUCCUCCCCCAUGAACUGUCCUCACGCUUUGAUUUUGAUGAGUGUGAGGCCGCCACCAUGCUUGUAUCGUUAGGGAGCUCCCGCUCCGGCACCCCUUCCUUUUCUCCCAUCUCCAACCAGUCGCCCUUCUCCCCUGCCCUCUCUCCCUCACCCUCCCCACUUUUUGGCUUCAGGCCGGCCAACUUCUCCCCGAUUACCGCCUCCCCAGUUCUGCAACACCGGAGGCACAGGCAACCCAGUGGUACGGGGGGAGGAGGGGGAGGGGGCAGCAAAGCAGCAACCUCAGCUGGAGGAGCAGAAAGGGAGAGACACACUUCAGGCAUCCAGCCUUCCUUCCACAGUAACCUGACGUUUACGGUCCCCAUGAGCCCCAGCAAACGAAAGCCAGAUGCACCUCCUCCUCCACCCGUUCCCUCACACCACCACGAUUACACACCCAAGACUGAGUUGGACCAGGGGGAACUAAACUCUUUCAGGGUGUUGUCCCCCCAGACACCAGCUUCACAUUCCCACACGCACACACCCACCUUCUCCCGACCCAGGGGAGUAAGCACCCCCUCCUCCAGUAAGCCCUCUACUACUGUCUCCCCUCCUCCUCUGCUGGUGUCUCCAACUCCUCCUUCUCCUCUCACUCAUGACGGGGGGCCUCGUCGCUUGGUUCCUGUAUCCCAACAGGCCUUGCGGGAUUCCCCUGUCAUAGUGAGGAAUCCUGAAGUCCCACUGGCAAAAUUUACAGAAUGUCCCAUAGGAAGAGGAGGAAGUGGAAAUGAGGGAGGGACAGAUCACACUUCAUCUAAAGACAUUAACCCAACACCCCUUACCCCUCAGCCAAUUUCUGGACUCCAGAUUCCCGUCCCCAUUAAUGCUGCUACAGCCACAGUACCCAAUGGCACCGUCCUUUUGCGAAGCCCAGCCCAAACUCUGGUGCUUUUGUCCCCAACACCUUCCUCGCUGCCCACCGCUGACACCCCUGCCACCCCCCUGCAGGCUCUGUCAGUUACUGUCAGCACAACAGCCACAGCUCCCGCUCCGAGUAUCACAGACAGCUCCGGGGAGCGAGAGGAGAACAGGGGGACGGUAUUUGGGGGUGAGGUCCAGCAGCCAGUUCCCUGUCACCCUUCUCCCACUGCACUGCUGCCCUUGAUCCUCCCAGCGCAAAGCCUUCACCCCAUCCCACGAAAGGAAAUCAUCAUGGGACGUCCUGGCACAGUGUGGACCAAUGUAGAGCCCCGGUCAGUUCCAGUCUUCCCCUGGCAUUCAUUGGUCCCUUUCCUGGCCCCAACCCAAUCAGAUGCUCCUUCUCUGCCAGGGGAGGGCCAGCAUCCAGUUAACCACCCCCAAGCAGCCAGUCUGAAGUCAGAAUGUCAGGGGGUGGCAGUGCUGUCACAGGAGCCUGCAGAGGCACCUCCCACUGUUGAAAGAGGUCCCCCGCCCCGACCUCCCCCCUCCUCUGAUGAGCCGCCUCCAGAGAAGGAGAAAGGAGAGGCAGAGAGGGAGAGGCCUGACAGCGAGACAGAGAGUGAUGUUGAUGAUCUCUUCCUUCCAGGAGUUGUACCAGAACCGCCUCUUGCUAUAUCACCGGUAAAGAGGCGCACUCAGUCCCUCAGUGCGCUGCCCAAAGAUGGAGACAAGAGCAGCCCUGGAAAGAGGGAGAAGGACCACAUCCGGCGACCGAUGAAUGCAUUCAUGAUUUUCAGUAAGCGCCAUCGAGCAUUGGUGCACCAGCGGCACCCAAACCAGGACAACAGGACAGUCAGCAAGAUUCUUGGUGAAUGGUGGUAUGCCCUAGGACCCAAGGAGAAACAGAAGUACCAUGAUUUGGCUUUCCAGGUAAAAGAGGCCCACUUUAAGGCGCACCCAGACUGGAAGUGGUGCAACAAAGACAGGAAGAAGUCCAGCUCCGAAGGCAGGGGAGUCCCAGGGGGCAAAGAUAUCAGAGAGAGGAGCAUGUCUGAGUCCACAGAGCCCCAUUCUGUGGAGCUGAAGGGAGUUGGUCCAAGUCUGGUUGCUGAGAGGAGUACAGGAGAAGGUCAUGUGGGCCAACUAACCCGACCCCGAGCCUUCUCUCAAAGUGCCAUGCACAGCCUGGAGCGGAAUGACAGGGGUAACACACAGGCUCUGGCAGAACUGGCACAGAUGUGUGGGGAUGGUGGCAGCCAGUUUUCCAGUCAUGCCCCACCCCUGCCGCAGUCCCAGCGGGGGGUCAGUGAGGACAUGACUAGUGACGAGGAGCGCAUGGUCAUCUGUGAGGAGGAGGGAGAUGAUGAUGUCAUCGAGGACCCCUAUCCUAGCACUUCCAUAGACCUCAAGUGUAAGGAGCGGGUGACUGACAGCGACAGUGAUAAUGGUUCUGCAGACGAAGGCGAUCGAAAGAGAGUUUUUGCCCCAGUCAUCUGCUCCACUGCGUCAUCCUCCUCCUCACACCACACACCUCAUGUCAGGAGUGUCUCACUGUCCUCUUACCCCACCAGCAGGCGUUAUGAUGAGGGGAGAUCAGGUGGGGGUGGGUUUUCAGAUCACAGGAGGAAGGAAAGAGGAGAAGGAGAGGGUAAAGACAUAUAUGGGGGAGAGGGAGGAGGAAGAGGAAUACAAGCCUCCUCUCUGUCCCUCUCUUCUGGCCAGUCAGUCAUUUCCACUUCUCCGGCUGGAGGGCAUCUGUCGUCAGUUGGUUCACUGGGUGGGAACCCACUACUGGGCAUUGGCGCUGUGAGGGUGGCGUCUACGGUGGUGACCAAUGUAAUGCGUCCUGUUAUCAGCACACCUCUCCCCAUCGCCAGUAAACCCAGAGAUGGAGGCUCUUCAUCCAGCCCUCAUCUGGUGGAGAGGAGGUCCCUGACUCCCCAUCAGCAGCCGCACCUUCUGAUUGGUUCAGGACCAGGGGGUGGGUACUACUCUUCUUCAUCACCUAAUCCUGUAGGUGGAGGCAUAGGCCCAGGUGGUGUAGUGACUAAUUUGGUGUUAGGAGGGGCUUUGUCUGCUCAACCCACUGUCCAGCUCAUCACCCCCUCCCCCCACCCGCAUUCCCUGCAUCAUCAGGCCCAUACCUCUACUAUUUCAGCUCUGCAUAGCCAAACCAAUGGGCCCCUGUCUGUGCCCAUGCUUCAGCCCCAGUUCCUUCCUGCUUCCUCCCUGGCACCCCCUGGGGGUAAAGCCAUCACACAAGUUCAGUACAUCCUGCCCACUCUACCUGCCAACACCAACCCCAAGAGUCCACCUCAGCAGCUCAGCCAGCCAACCAGUAUCUUCAACCUGCCCACAGCUCCACCCACACACAUGUCCCUGGCCAAUGGAAAGCAGCAGGGUACAGGUUCACUGACAGGAUAUACGUCCAGCCCUGCAAUGGGAGUGGUCAGCCCUGGACCCCGAGUGCAAACACAGUCUCCGGGGCUCCAGGGUAAAAUGCUUGUUCCCAUGGCAACAGUACGGACUGCACCAGCCCCUGCCCAGCAGUAUCCCAUUGUGGCUCCGCCUCUUCCUGUCCAGAACGGCGCUCAGACCGGAAGCAAGAUCAUUCAGAUUGCACCAAUGCCAGUAGUCCAGUCCCAGCUCCAACAGGGGGGGGCAGUGCACUCUGCCAGCCCCUUCCCUGUAGCAAUGGGCACAGCUGCUGUGAUGGCUCCAGGAUCAGCCCCCUCCCAGACUGUACUCCUGCCACCAGCAUCCACCAGGAUCACCUAUGUCCAGUCCACUCCAGGGGUCCCAUCCACUCUUCCUCUGGUCUCCACAACAACAGGCUCCUCUCCCUCCCAGCAAGCUAUGCCAGUGCCUGGAUCUGCAUAUGUUCCCUCGUCCUUAGCAACACCUGGGUUUACAGCCAUUGCACAACCUGGACAGACAUUGGUUCAGCCACUGAUUGCAGGUCAGCCACCACUCAUCGCCACAACUCAGUCUCAACAGCCCCCCUUGUCAGCCCCUGCUUCCGGCUCCGGGGGGCAGAUAGUGACCGCCAUCUACCCUCAGUCACCUAGUGUCACCAUGGCAAUGGGGGUGGUCUCCAUGACAGCAAUGCCCCCCAGUGUGGUCUACUCUGUCUCCAGCCCUUCCAGCGCUUCCCCUCACAUCCUGCCCAAGCACAUAGCCUCCCCCGUCACAAUUACACACCCGCAUCCAGACAGACAGGCAGACCGGCACCUGCCUCCAGACAGACCCGCAGAGCGACAAGCUGACCGGCAGGCUGAGAGACAGGCUGAGCUGCUGACACAUGCAGACAGACAGCUCGAGAGGCAGAUGCAGACCUCCAGCCAUAGCAGCUCAGUGGCACCUCCCAGUGGCUCAGCUGUGUCCAUAAGGCCCUGCAGUCCUUCACUUCAAAUCCAAAUACCUGGCAGCAUUCCAGGUACAUCCAAACUAACCCAGCUUCCAGUCAGGGCCCCUCAGAAAGUGAAGGCAACCGUGGCAAACAUUCCUGUGGGCAGCUAUGAAGGAGGAGGGAGAGGAAAAGAGAGAGAACGGGAGAAGGACAGGGAGCGAGAGCGGGAAAAAGAGAGGGAGAGGGAGCGGGAAGAUGCAGCCAACUGUCACUUCUCAUUUGAUCUCGAGCCGGUGGGGCAGACGGGUCCUCAAUCAACACAUCCUGCCGAAGAGCCACCAUCCUCUGACAGAGGCCUGGACGGCUCCAGUGCAGCGGACUCGUCUGACUCACGGAUCAGGGAAAGCACAACCGCCAAAGAGACUGGAUGGAAGGAGACCCACCCCUCCUCUCCUCUCCCUCCUCCAACAGCCACUGAACCUGUACUACCACCCCCACAGACUGAAAAAGAAGGCCCCGCACCCAAAAAGGUCAAAGCCCGUCCACCUCCUCUGAAGAAGACCUUUGACUCUGUGGACAAGUGUGGCAGGGUGCUGUCAGAGGUGUAUUUUGAGGAGCGCUUUGCCGAGCUGCCAGAGUUUCGCCCCGAGGAGGUUCUGCCUUCACCCACCCUGCAGAGUCUGGCCACGUCACCCCGCGCCAUUCUGGGCAGCUACCGCCGCAAGAGAAAGAACUCUACAGAUUUGGACUCAGCCACUGACGAUCAAGUCUCUCCUAAGAGAAAGAGCCGGCGGCGCUCCAGCUGCAGCUCCGAGCCCAACACACCUAAAAGUGCGGCCAAGUGUGAGGGAGACAUCUUCACCUUUGACAGAGCAGAUUCCCGGAGUCUCAACCACUCCACCUAUUUGUCCCCACUCCCAGCCACAGAUGGAGAAGACAUCCUGACAGAACUGGAGUUUGACAAAGUGCCGUACUCGUCUCUGCGUCGAACGCUGGACCAGAGGAGAGCACUGGUCAUGCAGCUGUUCCAGGAGCAGGGCUUCUUCCCCUCAGCUCAGGCCACUGCAGCCUUCCAGACAAGAUACUCGGACAUCUUUCCCACCAAGGUUUGUCUACAGCUGAAGAUCAGGGAGGUCCGGCAGAAGAUCAUGCAGACGGCUACCCCCUCCGAUGCCUCUGUCUUAGGCUUCCCUGACUCCGCCGGCUCCCUCCCUGGACCCUCCGGCUCUCAGUCAGGAGAAGGCUCUGCGAGAGGAGGAGGAGGCGACCUGCAGGACGAAGAAGGGGAGCAAGGGACAGAGGCGAGCCCAGAGGAUCCUCGUGACUCGCAGGACUCUUGUAGAUGAGGGAAGUUGACUCAUUGAGAUUGACCAAUCAGUGACUGUUGCUGUCACACAUUUCCACCCCUACGCGCUUUCACACCUUUUUUUUCAAAUCCACGUUUUGCUCUACUCUGAUGAGAUCAUUUUUUUCCUUUGUAUUCUCUUCAGAUGAUCUUUUGAGUGAGAGGUGUUUUAUGCAACAUUGGGAGUUUUUUUUUUUUUAUGUGUGACCCUUGUACCAAAAAAAGGACAAGUGAAAAACCUAGUGGCACAAAAACUUACACACACACACACACACACCCGGCAAACUCUUACAUCCCACACUUGAAUUAGCACUCUGUAUUAACCACCUUGGAGGAAGCUCCCAUUGAUGCCAGUGAACGAAGGACCAUUGUGUACAGCUGCGCUCAUUUGCCUCGAAGGAAGAAAGGGUUCUUGUUUUGGAUGGAGAUCUGCUUAGCCCUUUCAGAGGUGGUGGAAAGUCAGCUGUUAAAAAAAAAUAAAAAUAGGACAUUUUAUGUUUUGUUAUUUGUUUUAAUAGGGUCAGGGGAGUAGAAGCAGUAACGUAUCUGUUCAACCUGUAUGUAGACUUAACAGUUGUAAGCCUGUGUCUUGUUUCUGCUGACUUUCGGGGGCUGGGCCUCCAACAGCUUGAAACCAUUUGAUUUGACAAAGAGCACUCGUUGCUACGGACCUGGAAAGAUCUUUUCCCCCCAUUUUCCUGUUCACACGUGGACCUUCAGGGGAGGUCUACACAGGACAGACUGAUACAUGGACUCAAACGUUAAGUGGGCUUCUGGCAGUGCCAUCAUUCCUGCAAGUACCUGUCUGGCCAAGUCCUCCCUUCUCUCGACCGACCCCGGAGCACAUGCUAGGGAGAAGGAAGCGAGCAUUCCUGUGCCUCAUUUGUGAACCAUGAAGGAAGGAGGUGGGUUAGAAUCAACGGGCACAUCUUGGCUCUUUGUUGUAGAGGUCCGGCUGCUACAGCCUUAACCCUCUAUUGCCAAGCAGUUUUAUGAAUUUUUUUAAUGAUUUGUAUUUAACAUGGUCAUAUUCAGUUUGUUGUCGUACUAUUCUUAUGGUUAUUGUUAUUCCUCCUAUCAUUAUAGUGGAUCCUGCUCCUUGGUUCUAUUCACAUUGCUGGCAGACAUUUCCUUCAUUUCUGCCGGUUGUUGAUUUCUUGUACUAGUUUUCUUUUAAUACUUCUGGAAACAGGUGAAGGAUGCUUAUCCUCCGUUGUAGUCUUCCCUUGACCGGCCUCUCGCCUCAGCAAGGACCUGUGGUGCAGUUAUUUUUUAUGGUUCAUUUCAAAGAGGAAGACAAACUCGACGCAGACCUUUAAAUUCGUUCAACAGUAAUAAGCCGUAUGUUUUAGACAGCCUUGUAUGCCUCUCUGUCCCACGCUCUAUAGCCUCAACAUUUGUACACACCCUUCCUCCACCUCUUUCCUUCCCUUUGUCACUUUAUUUCUCUCUCCAGACCUCCUUCAUAGACAGGUGGAGAGAAUGAACUGCAGUAAGUGAGAGGAGGGUAACGAAUCAAAAAGAGAACUGGUAGGACCUUCUACUGGUUGUGUCGGUGCAAGACUUGGUUGUGCUGUAAAUAAUUACUGUAGAGUCAGUAGACUCGUUAUAUUAUUGAUAAGGAACAUACGUUGACUUUUAAGACACCUAUUACAGACGGUAAAAACACAUGACAUGGAAAAAACAAUAAUAAAUAUGACUAUUAAUGUUUUUGUGUUAUACUCCUUGUUUUGCUGUUCCAGUAUGCAGGAGAGGAAUUUAUAUGAAUAAUUUAAGGUUUGUAUCUGUAUCUUUCAGUAUGCAAAUAAAAAUAGGUGUUCGAUUAAAGUGAUUUUAUUGCUGGAAA